AUGGCUGUCCCACCAAGCACCCAUCAUGUGAAGUGGCUCUGUGAAGUGUUUUACCUUUUGGAGCCUCUGCUCAUUCUGUUACUUUCUGCCGGACUGGGAUUCCCUGGAUCUUCCGGGACUGCCUUCUCUUCCGUCGUGACAGCAUCCGCUCCAAAGAAGCCUCUCCUCAUCAAUGACCAUAAGCAUGCUGCCUUUGUCUCUACUUCAUAUGUUCAUCUUAACAUGUCACAUUUUCAUAAGGAUGAGGACGAGGACUAUGAUGAUGACAAUGAUGACGUCCUGGAUAAGUUCACAGAGACUGUUAGGAAGAACUGGCCAAAUGUUUGUGAAGAACAGAAGCUGACUGUGGUAGGAAUCCUACAGCCCUGUGUCCAGGCCUUCACACACAUGGUCAAGCUUUGGAAACAAGGCUGUACCCACCUGGAUGGUGUGCGGGUUAUGAAAGAAGAUGUAAAUGAAUGUACCAUGGACAAUGGUGGCUGUCGGGCUCAGUGCUGUAAUACAACAGGCAGUUAUUACUGCAGAUGCCAAGCUGGCCAGAAGCUGGAAGAAGAUGGCAGAGGAUGUGAAGAUGUCGAUGAAUGUACGGUGGUGAGCGGAGGCUGCCAGCAGCGCUGUAUUAACACUCUGGGCACUUUCCACUGUGAAUGUGAUACAGGAUACAGACUCCAUGCUGACGAACGCACCUGCAUAAAGAUGGACCCCUGCACAGGUGGAAAUGGAUGUGCUCACAUAUGUCAGAAUGAGAACGGCAUGCCCAGGUGUGCCUGCCACCCAGGGUACCAGCUGUCUGAAGACAAAAAGGCCUGUGAAGAUAUAAACGAACGUACUGAAGGACUUGCUCACUGUGGCCAUCGCUGUGUGAACUCAGUGGGAUCUUUCACUCGUGUCUGCCACCCGGCCUUUGAGCUGGGAGCUAAUGGAAAACAGUGUUACAGGAUUGAAUUGGAAAUUGUCAAUAGCUGUGAAAAGAACAAUGGCCGCUGCUCCCAUCACUGUGAACGUGCAAGUGGUGGGCCCCCUUGUUCCUGUAACCAUGGACACCAGCCGGAUUCAGAAGAGAAAACAUGCAUAGACCUUGAUGAAUGUGAAAAUGGAGAAGCCUGCUGUGCUCAGCUCUGCAUCAACUACUUAGGAGAAUAUGAAUGCAGCUGUCAGGAAGGCUUUGUGAUCAGUUCUGAUGGGUGUGGAUGUGAUGCUUUAGAUGAUGGUGAACUAGAGGGACAAAAAGUUUUAGAAGUUGCGAACUUUCCAGGCUUUCUAAUCCAGAGCCCACCUCGUUUCCUUCAUUAUGUUGCUACCUCUCUGACUCCUUCUUAUGAAGAUGAAGAGGAAGAAGAAGAAAAAGAUUUACAAGGACUCAUUGUUUUGCCCAAAGUUGGAGGCCUGAGAGGAUCCUUUGGGAAGAACUGCAAAAGCAAAUGUAACUGUGCCAACAAUGGCCAUUGCCACAGGAUGUAUGGUACCUGUGUGUGUGAGCCUGGGCGCUGUGGAAAGUUCUGUCAUCUGCGCUGUCCCAAGGGGGUCUACGGAGCUGGCUGCUCUUCUGAAUGUCAGUGUGUGGAGGAGAACACCCUGGAAUGCAGUGCCAAAAAUGGUAGUUGCACCUGCAAAUAUGGUUACCAAGGCAACAGAUGCCAGAAAGGCACAUACGAAAAGGACUGUGACCAGGUAUGCCAGUGGGCAGCCAAGAAUGAGGACGGUCACACGGAUACGCACCUGUCUGCCUGGCUACCAUGGAAACCACUGUCAUCUCCGCAAAUGUGUAGGUUGAAUACGAUUGGGAAUACCAGAGUCAUCAUGGGAAUGCUGAGUCAGUCCUACGACCCUAGGCGACAACACCGUGUAUGUUGCUGCUCUCCUUGAACAGCGUGCCCAGAGGCACUUAUGGUCUGUAUUGCCCAGAGACAUGUAAGGAUCUGAAUGGUGCCAACUGUGACACAGGGAUUGGCACCUGUGACUGCCCUCCUUGAUUCAUCAGAGCAGACUGCAGUCAAGUGAUUUUUGCUGAUGCCUUGACAUAAACUCGCGCUGACUGCUCCCGCUCUUCUGCUCCUGUGUACGUAGUCAGAAGGAACUCCCAGAGUUUGAACCCAGGGUCAUGAUGAUCUUUCAAGAGGACAGAGAAGGCACUUGUCCUGCAGGUCACUAUGGGCACGACUGUGUUCACCGGUGUUCUUGUGGCUUGGGACAGUGUGACCCAGUGACUGGAAGGUGUCAGGGUCCACCUGGCCAAAUGGGAGACAGGUGUCAGCAAGGCCAGAGGCAAUCCCUGGAUGGUAUGCAGUCUUGCAGCUAAGCAGAGUCAAAACAUGCACACAUACUCCUAUACUCACGUACAUACAACACACAUACAGGCACGCAUAUACACACCUGUGUAGAUAUACGCAUGCUCACAUGCACAUGCAUGCACACACAUAUACGCAUACACUCAUGUACCCACAUACACGUACAGAGGCCCUACCACCUGUGUCAUAUGGAGUUUUACUGUGGGCCGAGAAGGCUUCCUAAUAACAGGUAAUUUUUCUACUGCUGAGUUCACAUUCCUUUUCAGAAAUA